AUGGUCAAAUUCACCAGAGACUUUGCAGCUGAUGACGACAAUGGCGCAGAGGCUUACGAUGCAUUCAUCGUAGAGUUGAGAAACCUCCUCGCAACUGGGGACUGGGUCGAGAGCGUGCCAGUUCUGGCCGAACAGGUACCCCCUGGAGGUGCCCUCGAGUUCUUCGACAUCAAUUUAAGCUACAACGACCGCGGUGAGCAACAUAUUGUGCAGCUUAGAUUCCGCACCGACAAUCUCUAUUUCGUGGGUUACCGCCCCCAAAAUUCCAACAUAUGGUUCGAGCUAGCCCACGAAGAUGGAGGCACCAACACCCUCAUCCAAGAUCAAGAGGCUGGUAGAGCAACGGAGCUUCUACCGCUCGGCGAGAACUACUGCACCUUGACUGAGGUUGCUGGCAUGAGACUAGAAGACAUCCCGCUGAGCUCUUCCCGCAUCGGUGCCGCAAUCACGACGCUGGCCACUGACAACGGCGCUCCUGCAAACGAAGGAAACAGAGCGAGGGCGAUUCUCACCCUGGUAUUUGCCAUAGCCGAAGCGGCUAGGUUUCGCGAUAUUUCACGUCUCAUCUCCAACGCAUGGUGGAAUGGGUCGGCUCCUGGAACUCAGUACGCCAACCGGGUGCGUAGUUGGUGCAGACUGUCGCGGGCUGUCCAGAGGACCCGAAAUGAGGGCCAUGCUUUUGACUUUAAUGGUGAAAGCACCGGAAUAUGGAGCUUCGUGGAGGCCAUUCUAGCCCUUGGUAUUAUGCACUACGCUGCCAACCUCCCGUCCACUUCUUCACGACCUAAGCGCUCUGUUCCAGACAUGGCCUAUUAUCCUGAGGGAGCAUUCACUUCAAACACUAUAUUCCCUCAGGGGCAGCAACUCCUCGAAAUAUUUUACGUGCGCGUCAAUAACAUUGACGAUGAGGAUCCAGGUCAACUCUACGGCAGCGUCAUCGUUACAGAUAGCAUUGGGGUCGAAAAUAUCUGGAGCCGUGGACACCACAGCUAUGUCAACACCAAGCCCGGACAGGACAUUCUGCUGGAGGGACCGUCUCGGGCCUUGUCUUCCUCAGAUGAGUUCUACAUCAACAUUGACCUCUGGGACUAUGACACCCUCUCCCCUGAUGAUAGCAUUGCCCAGGGGAGGAUUAUCUUCAACCCCUCUGACUACUUUACCGAGCAUGAUGCAGUAAAGAUCCGUGACGUGCCUGGCCAUUACGGCUCCGUAACGAUAAGCUACAUGGUUAUGACGGACGGGCUCUACGCAAGCAUAGAAGUCAUCCUUAUCAACGGGGAUAACGAGGACCCAGCCAAUGUGUUCGGAGAGAUUGUCGUCAACAAUGGCCACGGACAAAGCGAGUUGUUUCGCAAGGCUAGCAAUGAGUACGUUGACGUGAGUCCACUUAGUCCCAUCCCUUUGUCGAGGUCCGUGGUUGCUGUUCCUACAACCGACAAGUUGCUGGUGAAUGCGGACCUCUGGGACUACGAUACCAUAAGUGCCAGUGAUGAGAUUGCGAGGGGAUCGGUGGAGUUUACGCCUAGGUAUAAGCAGUCGGAGAGUUUGGAAAUUAGUGGAGCGUACGGGAAGGUUGAGGUGCGGGUUACGUGGAUGUGA